AUGUGUUUUUUUUUUUCAGUGAUACAAUUCGGUUUUGUGACGCUUUUUGUGUCGGCGUUCCCGUUGGCACCCCUUUUUGCAUUGCUCAAUAAUAUAAUUGAAAUUCGCGUUGAUGCAUACAAAUACGUUGUGACCACUCGGCGUCCGAUGCCGGAGCGUGCCAGGGACAUUGGCAUAUGGCUGCCCAUCCUGGGCAUGAUUAGCAGAACAGCAGUGCUAGUUAAUGCAUGCAUAAUUGCAUUUACGAGUGAUUUCAUACCGAGACUUGUGUAUCUGCUCGUGUACAAUCACACUGAAUUGUAUGGAUAUGUUAAUAAUUCGCUUUCCUUCUACGAUGCAUCUGGUAUUCAUGUGAAAUGGAGUAAAUUCAGUGGUGAACAAAUUACUGUUUGCAGGUUUCGUGAUUAUCGAAAACCGCCAUGCACUGUUGCACCGCUGGCCGACUGUGACGAUAACUAUGGCCUUACAAUGCAGUGGUGGAUUGUUUUUACAUUUCGUCUAGCAUUUGUGCUUAUUUUUGAGCAUGUGGUGGCAGUGGUAAAAGCAACAGUUGCCUAUCUGAUUCCCGAUAUUCCCUCUCAUAUUUUCAUACAGCUUCAACGACAGCGCUUUCUUGCCCGACAGGCUCGACUAUCCGACAUCAGUUCUCGAAGUAACAACCAUCGGGAUAAUCAGGAUAAAGUGGAUAGCAGCCAAGCAGAUUCUUCUCAGGAAGACAUCAUGUUCCAUCCAGGCUCCUUUGAUGGCGAACAAAUGCCCAUUAAACUGGAAACUAUUAUGAGGAAUAGUUUUCAAAAAGGAGCCGGUUCUCUUGUUUCGAUUCAAAGUCGCCAAAGUGAUAGUUACCAUACUUGCCCGAGUGAAGAAAAAUAA